AUGCAUGAAGAGGUGAAAUUUGUGCACAAGAAGCAAAUGAGAGAAUUGGGUAAUCCACCUAAAGACAAUAAAGUUAUUGAGACUCAUAACACUGCUUUUCCUACCAAUUGCAGUGUUCCACUUAAACGUCUGAUCAAUUCAAUGAUGUCGGAACAGUUUCUUGAUGUUGAAUGCUCUUAUGGUAAUAAAAGUAUUCAGGGGGGUGCGCUAAGACUUGAUGGUUAUAAUGACAUUUUUACUGAACUUAUUAGUAUAUUGAUG